AUGGCGCCAAAGGUAGAAACGGGAGCACAGCAAACAGGCCAAAAGCGUAAAGGAAAUCCGACAGAGACCGGAGGCUCGCGCAACAAGCGACAAAAGACACAACGCGAUGCCCGCACUCUGGCAGUACAGACAAGCUCCAAGGCCUUCAAGAAUGGAGAGCUCGACGUGGGAGCCUUUGUCAAGGCCCGCGAAUACGAGAUCCGAGCACUCGAGGAAGGCAUGGCACGAGCCAGGAAGGGCCUCACACAGCGAGCUUUCCAACAGGUGCCCAAGGAUUUGAGACGCAGGACGGCCAGUCACAAUGCUAAGAGAGUGCCCAAGCGACUGCGUCGUCAGGCUGCACGAGAGAUGGCCGAAGACAAUACACCGACCGUAACAUCACGUCGUCGGAAGCAGAGUGGCCAUAUGCGCCUUCGCAUCGACACUGUCAGCCGUCUCCGAGCCCUUGGCCGCAAGGACAAGCAAUCGCCUGACCAAGGGGUCGUCGCCAGACCCCUCCGUCCCAAGAAGAACAAGCUCGCCUCUCCUCCUGUGCCCAAGGCAAAGUAUCGAAAACGUCAGAUCCACAAGACCUGGCUACCCACACACAUGUUUCAUGCAAAACGAGCCCACAUGACUCCGCCGAGCCAACCUCUCUGGCGCUUUGCCUUGCCCCUGACAUCAACUGUCAAAAGCUAUCGUCCCACUCAUCGUGCGAGUAAAGACCGCGGAGCUGUUGCUUGGGACACGAGCUACAUGUCCACAAUCUCCAUACAUGGUAACCAGCAGAGUAUAGAAUCUCUCCUUCGCGCCUUGGGUCUUGGCAAGUCUGCUUCUACGUCGACAACCAGAGGCCAGAAAUGGACACAGGGUUCUCGUAUAUGCCAAGCUUGGCUCUAUGAGCGUGACAUGUUUCCAAAUCAUCCCAUUGCUCCUGCCACAGUCAUCUGGCGAGCAGAAUCAACUCCUCCCGCAAAACAGUCUCGUCAGAUAUUCAUUCGAAUUCACCCGUCAGCUUUCUCUCAGCUCUGGGACCAGCUCACUCGACUGGUAAAGAUUCAAAAACCUCAACUGACCAUUGAAGACUUGCGAUAUGAAAUUGGAAGCAUCGAGAUUGUGGGCCCUGCUUCCACGGAAGCUUUGACAAGUGCUCUCUGCCCUACCGGUACCAGUGGGAGAGACAAGUUUCUCAUUGAGAGGACUUGGCCGUUACUAGCAGGCGUUCAGAAUCCCUCGACUUUGCCUGCAGACGCCCUGCUAGCUUUCGAUAUAUCCGAUCCACGUUUGCAUCACCCGCCGCGAACCGCACCUUCUGCUGUUCAAACACCAGAAUCUCAGCAUCGACUCCUUGAACUGCUGACAGAAUGGCCCUUUGAUGCUGCUGAGACUACUCCAGGCAUCUUCGAUCGUGCAAGAAGACAAGCAUCUUGUCGCGCACUACAGAGUCAGAAGAGCAUCAACCGUCGCAAAUCCGCCGCCACGCCCGGUACAUAUCCCGAGCCUCUGGCUCAAGAUCCUCGCAUCCCAAUUAUGGCAUUCCCAUCAUCUGCACAGCCGAAUUCGAAAGAAGGAAGUAAAGGGCGCACUUCUUGUUCAUGGGUUAUCCUUCUGCCAUGGAAAACCGUGCCUGCCGUUUGGCAGAGUCUCAUGUAUUAUCCCAUCUCAACGGGCGGCCAAGUCAGAAUGGGAGGCUUGAAUGAGCAGCGCCAGAUUGCUUUUGAAACGGGGGUACCUUGGUUCCCUGGCGACUUCCCAGGCACGAAGGCAGGUGAUCUCUGGGAGGCUUCAGAGGCUGCCAAAAGAAAGGCGCAGUGGGAAGCAAAGCCCAAAGGCAAGAGGGUCGAAUAUGACAGCGUCACACUAGGCCCGGGCAGAAAAGGCGAAGAUGGCGAUGGAUGGGCCUGCGAUUGGGCCUACUGCUCUGAAAAGGCUACAGAAGAGGUGAAAGAUGACACUGCAUCAACAGUUCAUCAUAUUGCUCCUGGUCUCGCAAGGAACAUGUUCGCUUCUCCGGCCACAUCUAAUGAACACUCGUCUCGGGCUGUCUCGACUGUUCGCAUCACUUUGCUCGGACGUGGAACCCCUGACCCCUGCGCACGAAUCUACCGUCUGCCCACCUUGGACAACCCGUUGCGCGAUCAAUGGCUUACCCUUGACCCGGCUCGAGUCAAGUCCACCGCUCAGAGGAGAAAGCGCCAGCGAUGUCUGCCGUCCUCUGUGUUGAAGUCCUCCUCUGCAGCCGAUGUUCAGCAACGACUGGCCGCUGACUUGCUGGAACCCCCACAAUCAGAGAACAACAAUAGCUGCCCAUUGCUUCCUGGCAAAGAAGACCUUAUAGGAUUCGUCACAACGGGCGAGUUCAGCCUGACGAGCGGUGGAGGUGUUGCCAUUGGCAGUGUCAUUGUUGAAAAAUUGCUCCCAUCUGCUGGUGCUGGCGAGAAGGAACCACAUAUGUGCAUCGUCAGAAAUGCUGGAGAAACAGUGGGUAGAUUGGCAAAACUGGAGUUUGUUUAA